CGAACCCAGCGACAUUGUGUACCAGGUGAAUCGGAUAUAGCGACUACCAUAGAGUGCGACGGAACUUGAUCUUACCAGACGAGGCUACAACGCCAACAGCGCGCCAACAGUGCGCCAACAUGGCUCUUCUGCAGUACAAGAACCUGGUGAAUUACGAGGAGCAGACAGCGGCGUUUAAGGACUUUUUGCAAAACUUCAAAUCCUCUUCCACGGAAGCCGAGGACGCAUUGGACGAUCUCCACUUGGACGGCGAUGGCAUGAGCGAUGAGUACGAUUUCAUGGACGAUGCAGACAAUGGUGGUGCUACGAGACGGCGAGCUACGAGAUCCAAGGCAAAAUACAUGAACAUGUUACAGGAUGUGGCAGAUCGCAAGACGAGUCAAGUCUUAAUAGACCUAGACGACCUCGAGCAGUACGAAAAGAGUCUUGAUGAAGAGGGUGUGUCGCAGCUCAAAUUGGUUUCGUCGAUUGAAAGAAACGCGCAUCACUAUAUCGAGAUCCUGGCGCGUGCAGUGGACUCGGUCCUGCCACGGCCUGCCACAGAACCCAAUUUCAAGGACGAUGUGCUGGACAUCAUCAUGAGCCAACGCUCGAAGCGCAACGAGGCAGUUGCGCAGCAGCAAGAGGCGGGAGGCGACGAGAACGGCAUUCCAGAGUCUAUCUUUCCACCAGAGCUUACCCGACGGUACACGCUCAAUUUCAAGCCCAUCACUCCGUCUGGCUCAAGCAGCGACAAAGGGUCAAAAGCUCUCGCUGUACGUCAAGUCCGUGGCGAGCAUCUUGGACGCUUGAUCACAGUUCGAGGUAUCGCGACUCGUGUCUCAGAUGUCAAGCCCGCGGUGCAAGUCAAUGCGUAUUCUUGUGAUCGCUGUGGGCAUGAGAUUUUCCAGCCCAUCACCACAAAACAAUUCACGCCACUGGUGGAGUGCACUUCGGAGGACUGCCAGCAAAACAAGGCCAAGGGCACUCUUUUCUUGUCGACGAGAGCAUCCAAAUUCUUGCCUUUUCAGGAGGUCAAGAUUCAGGAAAUGGCGGACCAAGUGCCAGUGGGCCACAUACCGAGACAGCUUACGAUUCACUGCCAUGGCGAGCUCGUGAGAUCUGUCAAUCCUGGUGACGUGGUUGAUAUCGCUGGCAUAUUUCUGCCUACACCUUAUACUGGCUUCAAGGCGAUCAAGGCCGGCCUGCUCACUGACACUUAUCUUGAAGCCCAGCACGUCCGACAGCACAAGAAGGCAUACGAUGACAUGGUUCUUGCACCUACCACAAUUCAGCGCAUGACCGAACUGGAGCGAUCAGGCCAGCUCUACGAAUACCUCAGCAGGUCCAUUGCUCCAGAAAUUUUCGGUCACGCAGAUGUUAAGAAAGCUCUUCUCCUCCAGCUGAUUGGUGGUGUGACGAAAGAAAUGGGCGACGGCAUGCGCAUUCGUGGAGACAUCAACGUCUGCCUCAUGGGUGAUCCUGGUGUGGCCAAGUCUCAACUCCUCAAGUAUAUCACCAAGGUGGCACCUCGUGGCGUGUAUACCACAGGAAGAGGUAGCAGUGGCGUCGGACUUACGGCUGCUGUCAUGAGGGAUCCGGUUACGGACGAGAUGGUACUCGAGGGUGGAGCGCUUGUGCUUGCUGAUAAUGGCACCUGCUGCAUUGACGAGUUCGACAAAAUGGAUGAUUCCGAUCGAACAGCUAUCCACGAAGUCAUGGAGCAGCAGACCAUUUCCAUUUCCAAGGCAGGCAUCACAACGACUCUGAACGCACGAACUUCGAUUCUCGCUGCGGCCAAUCCGUUGUACGGUCGCUAUAACCCGCGGAUAUCGCCAGUGGAGAACAUCAAUUUGCCAGCCGCAUUGCUCAGCAGAUUUGACGUGUUAUUCUUACUUCUGGACACGCCCUCGAGGGAUGCAGAUGAAGAGCUCGCUCGCCAUGUCACACAUGUGCACAUUCACAACGUACAUCCAGAGCCGCAAGGAGGUGGACUCAUCUUCUCGCCGAACGAAGUGCGUCAGUGGGUAGCUCGUGCUCGAUCAUUCCGACCCGUGGUACCGAAGGCUGUAUCCGACUAUCUCGUUGGUGCCUACGUGCGGCUUCGACAACAGCAGAAGCGCGAUGAAGCUGGCAAGAAGACAUUUACGCAUACCUCGCCGAGAACUCUGCUCGGUAUCUUGCGUCUGUCGCAAGCGUUGGCCCGUCUGAGAUUUGCAGAUGAGGUGAUCACUGAAGACGUCGAUGAGUCGUUACGGUUGAUUGAGGUCAGCAAGGCUAGCUUGUAUGAUGACAACCAAGACCGCAGAGGUGAUCACUCGCCUAGCACGAAGAUCUACAACCUCAUUUGUGGUAUGCGAGACAGUGGUGCCGCUGCGACUGGCGAAGGUCGUGGCGAGCUGGAUAUGAGACGGGUACGAGAGCGAGUGCUCGCCAAGGGCUUCACGGUACAACAACUCGAGUCAGCGAUUGAUGAGUACGCCGCGAUUGAUGUCUGGCAAACCGCAGCGGAAGGGACGAGACUCGUCUUCAUCGAGACUGGUGAGGACGACGAAGAUAUGGGCGACGAGGACUUUUGAUAAUAGAGUGCCACCAAGAAAGGACGAUCAUCGUAUUUGGCGUUGUUUUCUCCACAGCUGCGGAUUCCCAAGUCCUUCAGUUUUCAGAGCGAUGGGAAACCAAAGGUCGCCCACCAGCAUUUGUGUACUCCCAGACCAGAUCAUUUUUGGACGAAAUAUAUGUCUGUCUUCAUCGGCCACUGCGGCGCAUGCAGAGAGAGAGAGUUUUGAG